AUGCGUGUGAGCCUGGGGAAAGAAGGAGCUGGCAGGGAAGCCAGUGCAACAGCAAGUCUGCUGGAUCUUGGGGGACACACACUCAGGAUGCUGGUCCCCGCACUCCUUGUCCUUCUCUUCUGCCUCAGAGGGCGUGCAGGUCUGUCACCCCACUUCCUGCAACAGCCAGAAGACCUGGUAGUACUGCUGGGGGACGAGGCCCGUCUGCCCUGUGCCCUGGGCGCAUACUGGGGGCUGGUUCAGUGGACUAAGGAUGGGCUGGCUCUAGGGGGCGAAAGAGACCUGCCAGGGUGGUCCCGGUACUGGAUAUCAGGGAAUGCAGCCAGUGGCCAGCACGACCUCCACAUUAGGCCCGUAGAGAUAGAGGAUCAAGCAUCCUACGAAUGUCAAGCUACACAAGCAGGCCUCCGCUCUCGACGAGCCCAACUGCACGUGCUGGUGCCUCCGGAACCCCCCCAGGUGCUGGGUGGCCCCUUUGUGUCUCUGGUUGCUGGGGUUCCUGCGAAUGUGACCUGUCGGAGCCGCGGGGAUGCCCGCCCCACCCCUGAGCUGCUGUGGUUCCGAGAUGGGGUCCGGCUAGAUGGGGCCACCUUCCGCCAGACCCUGUUGAAGGAAGGAACCACUGGGUCAGUGGAGAGCAUCUUAUCUUUGACCCCUUCCAGCCACGAUGAUGGAGCCAUCUUGGUUUGCCGGGCUCGGAGCCAGGCCCUGCCUGCGGGGAAGGACACAGCUAUCACACUGAGCCUGCAGUACCCCCCAGUGGUGACUCUGUCUGCAGAACCACAGACAGUGCAGGAGGGAGAGAAGGUCACUUUCCUAUGCCAGGCCACAGCCCAGCCUCCUGUCACUGGCUAUAGGUGGGCAAAGGGGGGCUCCCCUGUGCUUGGGGCCCGCGGGCCAAUGUUGGAGGUAGUGGCGGACGCUUCGUUCCUGACUGCACCGGUGUCCUGCGAGGUCAGCAACGCAGUGGGUAGCGCCAACCGCAGCACAGCGCUGGAUGUGCGAUUCGGGCCGAUUCUGCAGGCAAAGCCGAAACCCUUAUCCGUGGACGUAGGGGAAGACGCCUCCUUCAGCUGUGUCUGGCGCGGGAAUCCUCUUCCACGGGUAACCUGGACCCGCCGCGGGGACGCGCAGGUGCUGGCCUCCGGGCCCACGCUGCGUCUUCUCGCGGUGGGGCCGGAGGAUGCAGGCGACUACGUGUGCAGAGCCGGGCCGGGGCUCUCGGGCCUGCGGGGUGGCGCUGCGGAAGCUAGGUUGACUGUGAACGCUCCCCCAGUGGUGACCGCCCUGCACUCUGCGCCCGCCUUCCUGAGGGGCCCCGCCCGCCUCCAGUGUCUAGUCUUCGCCUCCCCCGCCCCAGAAGCCGUGGUCUGGUCUUGGGAUGAGGGCUUCCUGACGGCGGGGUCGAGGGGUCGGUUCCUGGUGGAGACAUUCCCAGCCCCAGAGGGCCGCGGGGGACAGGGUCCAGGCCUGAUCUCUGUGCUGCACAUUUCGGGGACCCAGGAGUCCGACUUUAGCCGGGGCUUCAACUGCACUGCCCGGAACCGGUUGGGCGAAGGAGGCACCCAGGUCAGCCUGGGACGUAGAGACUUGCUGCCCGCUGUGCGGAUUGUGGCUGGAGUGGCCGCUGUGGCCAUGACUCUCCUUAUGGCCGGCACUGGGGUGGCCCUCUGCUGCUGGUGCCAUGGCAAGGCCUCAGCCUCUUUCUCCAAGCAAAAGAAUCUGGUGCGAAUCCCAGGGAGCAGCAACGGCUCCAGUUCGAGGGGUCCCGAGGAGGAGACAGGCAGCAGCAAGGACCAGGGCCCCAUCGUGCACACAGACCACAGCGACCUGGCUCUGGAUGAGGAGGGAGCUCUGGAGACCAAGGGCCCAACCAAUGGUUACUACAAGGUCCGAGGAGUCAGUCCACCCACGUCUCCAGACUCAUGUGUGACAUCUCUCCAACUGAAGAGUCCUGGGGUCUUCAACUUGCCAUAAUGGAUUGUCCUGAUUUCUGAGGAACCAGAACAAGUUGGCGACCUUACUCUUCCAACAUUGAACAUUGAGGGGAGGGAAAGAUCGUUACAAUUGUCUGGGUCAUUGAUAUACAGUCAGCUCAGCCAAAGGGGAUGCCCCAAGUGGGAGCAAGAAGGCCACUGUGCCUACCUCUUCCCCUGUGUAAAAGAGAUGCAAGAUGGCACAUGGACCCUCUGCAGAGGGAUGGGGGGGCAGGGGGUGAUGGGAGUUAGGGGCAGAGAAGGAAGUUGUUUCCCAACACUGAAAGAAGAUAUUUCAAGAUGACCACCUGCAUUGAGAAGAAAGGCAACAUAAGGCAGAUUAAGAUGGAGGACCUGUCCUGGCUCUCCCCAAGGGGCACUUUGCUUCACCCAUGGAAUUGCAGCCAGAAUGGCCAUUCACCCCCUGCGAAUCCAAGAUGGUCACUAUCUUGAUUUUUUCUACCUUCCUUAAAGGCCCUGGAAGAACUGGACCCAAGGAGUAAGGAUAGGGUGAGAGCUGUUGUGGGGU